GGACUGUGCGGUCGGGAGCAACGGAUGUCUGGUGCAGCUGACAUGGGUGAGCCCCAGGGGUCCAUGCGGAUCCUAGUGACAGGGGCCUCUGGGCUGGUGGGUAGAGCCAUCCAGAAGGUGGUAGCAGAUGGGGCCAGGCUGCCCAGAGAGGACUGGGUGUUCGUCUCCUCCAAGGAUGCCGAUCUCACGGAUGCUGCACAGACCCGAGCUCUGUUUGAAAAGGUUCGGCCCACACACGUCAUCCAUCUUGCUGCAAUGGUGGGAGGCCUGUUCCGGAAUAUCAAAUACAAUUUGGACUUCUGGAGGAAAAAUGUGCACAUCAACGACAACGUCCUGCACUCGGCCUUUGAGGUGGGAGCACGCAAGGUGGUCUCUUGCCUGUCUACCUGCAUCUUCCCUGACAAGACCACCUACCCUAUCGAUGAGACCAUGAUCCACAACGGGCCACCACACAGCAGCAAUUUUGGCUACUCCUACGCCAAGAGGAUGAUCGAUGUGCAGAACAGGGCCUACUUCCAGCAGCACGGCUGCACCUUCACCGCUGUCAUUCCUACCAACAUCUUCGGGCCCCACGACAACUUCAACAUUGAGGAUGGCCAUGUGCUGCCUGGCCUGAUCCACAAGGUUCACCUGGCCAAGAGCCGGGGCUCAGCCCUGACAGUGUGGGGCACAGGGAAGCCUCGGAGGCAGUUCAUCUACUCACUGGAUCUGGCCCGGCUCUUUAUCUGGGUUCUGCGAGAGUACAGUGAGGUGGAGCCCAUCAUCUUGUCAGUGGACGAGGAGGAUGAGGUUUCUAUCCAGGAGGCAGCUGAGGCUGUGGUGGAGGCCAUGGACUUCCAUGGGGAGGUCACCUUUGAUACAACUAAGUCAGAUGGGCAGUUUAAGAAGACGGCCAGUAAUGGCAAGCUGCGGGCCUACCUCCCGGAAUUCCAGUUCACGCCUUUCAAGCAGGCUGUGAAGGAGACCUGUGCCUGGUUCACCGACAACUACGAGCAGGCCCGGAAGUGAAGUGCAGUGGUGGGCCAGGUGCCGGCUUCCCCUUAGACCCCUGCAGUGGCAGAGCUCAGUGGCCACUACCCUCACCCUCAGACCCUACCAGGAGUCAAGGGCACUGCCUGGCAACUUGGGCCUGCAUUACACCCCCUCCACCAGGGUGGCUCCAGGCAGCUGUCCAGUGGGGCCACCAUUCACAUUGUUCCUCAGGGAAACAGGCCUGGCCAGGCCUGGCACCUUGCUCCUCAGUGCCAAUGCCCAGGUCCUGAGUGUGUCCACUUCUGAUCUUGCUCUCCCACUCCUGGGAGCCAAUAAAGUACAUUUUACAGG